CGUUCUUUCAUACAUUUCAUCAAGAACUUCUUCAUAUUUUUUCACUUAUAUUAUAGARAUUUGAACAGAUAAUUGCAAAAUGGAGGUGUAAUUAUGGGAAGGCAUUAGCUGUGCGUAUAACUUGCAAGUUUUACGAUUGUUUUUAGCAAUCGUAGGCUUUUUGCCGAUCAAAUAAGUUAGCAAGAUGUCCAAGGCCACRAAGAGGAAGCAUGUGACCAAAGAAGUUCUGGAUGAUUAUGUUGUGCCCGAUGAAAAUCAGGAGAUUGUUAAGGUUUUAGCUGGCCGUGGGAAUAACCUCCAUGAAGUUGAGAACGCAGAAGGGAAACAUUUCCUUGUGAGCAUGCCAUCAAAGUUYCGAAGAAAUGUCUGGAUAAAAAGAGGUGACUUUGUCAUAGUUGAACCMAUUGAAGAAGGAAACAAAGUCUGUGCUGAAAUUGUUCAUAUUUUGUAUUCAAAGCAAGUKAAAUAUCUUAAAGAAGAAAAGCUUUGGCCUGAGGCAUUUACUGAAAAGUCAGCAAUAAGGCAUGAAGAAAUUGAUGAUAAAAAAUCUAAUAGCUCACCAAAGCUGCAAAAUGAGCUGCCAUCAGACAGUGAAAGUGAUGAAGACUGUGAUGACGACCUGUUUGUGAAUACCAAUCGCCCCCCUCCGAUGCAGUUCUCAGAUGAAUCAGACUCAGAAGACGAGGAUAAUAAUGACAACAAGAAUGAUGAACAAGACAUAUAGUUUAAAUUCAUACAAAUUUUCAAAAUCAGCUGUUUUUUUGAAAGCUAUAUUCAUUAGGUUGCAAUUAGGCUUGAAGCAAUACAAUGUAGAGUCCUURAAGCUCAUGGAAAUGCAACUCCAACUGGAGGACAAAGCCAUGGAUUGUAGUUCCCAAGAGGGCAAAAAUCCUUUGUUUUGUCAUCCAGAUGAAGCUGAACUGAAACAAUGAGGAARUAUGACAAGUUUGUCCCCUUGAGCCAAAAUUAUACAAAUUGUUUCUUUUAGUGAAUUCCAUCAUUUUCCAUCAUUCUUAUCCCGUUUGAAAAGAUACAAAGAUUGUUAAAAUUGACUUUAAUGUGAACGGGCACGAUAGGUGAAACUCGCGCAUGUUUGACUUUCAUAGACUUAACCAAUCGAACCUCAAAACGCCUAUUAUCGAAGCCCCUGAUGCAAGCAAGCUACCUAGAAAGCCUGUAAAAACGUGUUAAGCAUUUAAUAAAAUCGAAGGAAUAUUGAAUGUUGUUUAAUGAAGAUGCGUUUGCACUGGCUUAAAAAGUCUUUGUCAGUGGACCGAGUAAUUUUCUUUGAGGACUCUUAGUACCUAUUGUGGCAUUUUUAAAUGGAUCGAGUAUKGUGAGAAUGGUAAGCCACGGAAAAGACUUGACUUCAGUGAUAUGAAGAACAUCCGAUAGCAGAUUAGCAAAGGCAUAGGAAAUGUGUUUUUUUAUGAUUUAAGACACUCUUAACAAAAUAGGAAUCCAUUCAAUAAAGAAUGCAGUGUCACUGACA